CACUUCGUAUACAUGUCUUUGUUUCGAAAGCCGACGACUCCGGACGACUUCAACUCCAAUCGAUUCCAACCGGCUCCGAACGUCUCCGGACCACUCCGGACGACUCCGGGCGAUUUCGGACAAUACCGAACGGCUCCGGAUAAUGUUGGGCCGACCUACCUUCCGGGGUCGAUUCCGAAAUUAGCGGAGUCGGAUCGGAAUUUUGCCAACUUUACCCAUCACCAGUGCAAGCAACGGAAAAGCAAGCUCUCUUUUAUUGUACUUUGCCUUUGCAGGACGCAUAGCCCAUCGGCCGUCGGGGAGCAAGAUGGUACCAUUGCAGCCACGUGGAGUGGCGCCGUGCUGAGCGCACUGAGGCGGCUGUUGGACACGCACGUGCUGGAGGUGGAUCUGGCGUAUCCGAAUGGCGCAUCGGCGAGCCGCGCAUACGGCGAAGGACGUCACCGGCGCCGCCAGCAGAUGAUACCGAUGAUGAUCUUCGGCGUGACCGUGUUCGGCAUGUUCAUCAUCCCGAUCGCGUUCCAGUUCCUGACCGCGCUCAGCGGCAAAGCGUUCCUGAUGGCGAAGCUGGCCCUGCUGCUCGCCUCGAUGAACGGCCUCAAACGGGUAAGCUAGCGCUGUAAGUAGGCACGCGCACGUGGGCCCUCAGGAACCCGGGCGCGAGGUAAUGCGAAGCAAUGAUGAUGUUGAUGAUGAUGAUGUUGACGGACCGUUCACACAGGUGGCAUCAGCGGGCGUGCACUACGGGCUGUACCAUGCGGUCGACCAGCAUCCCGUACCGGCGCCGCAUCCACCGCCCCCGUUCCAUCAGCACUCGCACGCCCUGCCGCUGCUGUACGAGCGUGCCGAGGGACUGUACGCGGACGGGCCGCGGCGCAGCAGUGGCGGCACGGACUGGCGCCAUUUUUGAACCGCCUAGCAAACGGCGUCAUCCUAGCAAACAAUUCCAGAAAGCUAUUAUAGUUUUAUUUAUUGCGUUCCGCUUCCGCGUUUUUAUAGCUGCUUGUUGUCAUUAGUGGUCCGAGGGUGGGAGGGUUUUUUUUGUAUUCCUUGUUGGACGCUAAUCCAAAAACCGCAAAUAUAGAGAGCUUUUGAUAGGACCAUGGCGUAUAUGGGAUCUCGUUUGCUUAAUCCUCUCAGCCUAGGCGCGUGUUCUGUUUGCUGUAACAUCCCCGCAGAGUGGGCAAUAAAAACCGAAAAUAUCUUCCUCCCUUUUUGCUGUGAGUUGGGCACACCCCGUGACGAGAGGCCGUACGUCAUCCCCAGGUCGGAACAGUCGGUCUUGUGCUUGUGUACUGGGGGGCGAGUGGCGCCAGUGGGAAUGGUGGUAGCUACGGGUGAGUUGUUCGAUUGUGGGAAUCACACUUUUCCAUCGACUCGGCAUGUUUAUACGUCGUUUUCCGGGGCCAGCGUUCGGUUGCUGUUCGAGUCGAGUGUGUUUGGGCAGAAAGUUUGUCCCUUUGGCGUGGGCGAUGGGAUCACCAUCCGGGGCAGCAGCAGUACUCAACACUCAGCAGAAAAAGAGAAGAGAGAGAUAGAGAGGGAGAGAGAAAGAGAGAGUGGAAUAAAGAGAGAAUGAGAUGGAGAGAGAUUUUUGAUUCCCAGCAAUACGAUAAGGGAACAAAUUGGCCCCAUUUCUUGCACAUCUAUUUCUUCUCCCGCUUGCUGGAAAAAAAAAACUUCAAACCCCCUUGGGCUCGUUGUCAGCAGUUUUUUUUUUUGUUUUUGUUUGUCCUGCCCUUUAUCGCCAUGCGGGCUCAACAAGUAGCCGAUCCAUUAGAAGCGCCUCCACCUAAUUCACCCUCUCUACGCCCACUACACUCUCGAGUGUCAUCCACCCACAGAAGGUGGCGUUUAAUUGCAAAUUCCUUCGCAAACAUUUAUCAUUAGACCGGGCAAGUGUUGUAAUAUUAUCGCUCUCCUGUUGCGCUGCUGCCGGGUGGAUUGCGUUGCCAAUUGUGUGCACUGGCGCUGGGCCUUAGCCUUACCUGUCCAUCGCUCAUUCCACCAUGAAAGUUCAACCAUUACGAGCUUGCUAGAGUGAAAGUUUUGCCAGCUCAGGCACGCUCCACCGCCCGUGUGCCGCACUCUCAGCAGAAAGUGCAAUUGCUCCCCAUCCUCCCCCAGCGGUGUUGGGCGAUCCUUUCGUGGAAGGAGCGCAGUGAGCGUACGUUUGAGAUGCGCUCAGGUCGUCUCUAUCAUUUCCGUUUUUAUUUUUUGUUUCUGCCAUUUCCAGUACGCUGCCCGGUACCGUAUGGUACCGCGAGGAUCGCGGUAAGGUGUGUGUGACAUAAGCUGAGCCGCAAGCGUAAUACAUCCCAUCGGUGAUGACGAAACGACAAAAUAACAGCACACAACCCCAUAGAGUUGGGAGGUGAAAGCAAUAUUAGCGCAAUAUUCGGAUGCUUGAAGUGGGUUAGGUUUGUGCGGUUGAUCCCGGUGGCUGCUGGUGUCGCUUCGAGUCGCUUCUGGAAAGCUGUACUAUCACACUCGCACACACUUUGUCGUGCUUCCGCUUGUCUACUUAGUGUGAUAGUUCCAUACGUAGGUUGUGCCGUAGGGUUCGCUGCUUGUGGAAUUCAACACUCGUGUGCAUAUUAUUUUUUAUCUUUAUUCUUUCGCUCGUUAUUGCAUUUAUACUGUCUAGCCUACUUCACUUUAUUCAUUUAAUUCAUUUAAUUCAUUUAUUACUUUCAUAAUCGGCCUCUAAGGUUUAACUGAAUAUCUUAACUUAAAUAUAAUCAAGAACGUAGUAAAAAGUAGCAAAGAAGUAAUAAAACGCUGAGAUGUAAACUUAGAUAAACAGAGAGAACAUAGAAGGAAGUGUAAAGAAAGAUUAGAAAGAUGGUAGAAAAGAAAAAGCACGGGAGCGGAAAGCAUUUAAGGGGAGUUAAAGCCAAAGAAAUCAUGGCUACUAUCAUCACAAAACAUCUGAAACAGGACAAAAAAGGAUCAUUAUGACAAUACAAUGUAUGUCGUGUUUCCACGUCUAGAGUAGGCUUGGGUAAUUCGGUUCAUUUUGAUGAACGUGAACGCACUAGUUCUUUCAUUAAGAUGAAUUGAAAGUGAAUCGGGAUUCAUUUGUUCAUUUCAGUUGAAGAAAAUAUGUUAAAUUAUUUCAUUUUGCAAGAACAUAAUUAGUGUACUACAUCUACAAAAUUAUUAGGCAGACCAGAAUGAUCUUUAUUACGAUUGGUAGGAUGUUCUUUUUAUGAACGUCCUGGUAUUACGGUUCACGUUCAUAUUUGUAUUGGAGGAAAGUUCUGGUUCAUGGGGCACACCUCUAGGCUAGAGGAGGACGGCGACGGACGCCACGGUAGAGAUAGACGAAUAGAGGUAAGCAAAUUGAGAGCUUCUAUAGAGGAAGCAAGUAACCCGCCAAUGACACAUGCUUGGCUCACAUAACGUUGCUGACUUAGUUAUUGCAAAUACAACUAUUGUAUUCGCGUUACAAAGGGAGGGAGUUGUGUAGAGCGAAAAAUACGCCGAAAUGCAACCCUGGUGAAGUGUCUUUGAACAUUUUCUAAGCUAGUGUAUUCCUCAACACUAGAAGGACUCCAUACAAUGCAUAUUCCAAAAUUGGACGAAGUAGACUUCAGCAGAGAGUUCUUCAACAGGAAAGACCUCUAAAAUCAGAUAAAACCCAGAUAAAAGUAUGAAUCCCAGAGUUUUAUUUGCUUUUGUUAUUACAACCUCAACCUGUGGCUUGAAGCUUAACUGGCAAUCAAGUGUACGAAUAGACGUAACGCGAGACAGAGAUACAUUGAAAAGUUUAUAAUCGAAAGCAUAUGGAGAACGAGCGUGAGAAAUAUGAAUACUGGAACAUUAAUCGGGACAAAGGCUCAUACAAUUAGCAAAACACCAUUUGACAAAGGAGUAAAUUCACAUUCACAAUCAGUAAACAAAGAAACAGAGGAAAAAAAUUGAUGACAUCCACUUGUAGAAGAUAGUCAUCUGGAUGUAAAACAUUACAAACAUAAUUGAAGAAAAAGGGCCAACAAUAAGGGAUUCAGCACGCUAUCUUGGGAAACAUCCAAAGUGCAAUCAUACCUCAUAGAAAAUUUAGAAUUGCUAAGCUAAAUGAUAAGCUUUUCAAAUUUAGCUAACAUAAGCAAAUAAAGAUGUCCAUAAUCAAUUUCGUAGUUCAUUGUCAAGUUCAAUUCACGACAUUAUGGUCUUCAAGCUACCGAAA